AUGACACGGAAAACCUCCUCCAACAUGGUCCGCAACAUCUCCAUCCUCUCAGGCAACUCCCACCCCUCCCUCGCCCUCUCCAUCUGCAACUACCUCUCCAUCUCCCCCUCCGAGCGCAUCCUCUGCAAGUUCUCCUCUGGCGAGUCCCGCUGCGAAAUCCAAGACUCCGUCCGAGGGAAAGACGUCUACAUCAUCCAAUCGUUUGGCGUGGGGGAGGAUCCAAACUACAAAGUCAAUGACUACCUCAUGGAAGUCUGCAUCAUGAUCGCGGCGUGCAAAGGCGGGAGCGCAAUGAGGGUAACAGCUGUGUUGCCACUGUUUCCAUACAGUCGACAGCCCGACCUGGCUUUCUCCAAGGCAGGGGCACCGCUUCGUGGGGAUAAAGGAAUGGUGGUAGACGGCGAGGGAAAAGCGGGAUCUGGGAAAGCAGGAGCGUACACCUUUGAAAGCGUCCCCGUCACCCCCCACCCAAAUAUAGCUCGCACAGCAGGGUUGGGCAGCAAAGGGUUAGACAUGACCGAUGUCGUCGGUCGAGUAACCAACAGCAAUAACAACACCGGAGGAGUGGGAUACCGAGGCGGCGCCCCCUCCGGAAUCCAGGGCCCCCCUUUACAACUCAUCACCUACGGAACAGGCAACAACAACAACAACAACAACAACACCUUCCCACCACCUCCCCCGGGGCAAUUUACAACCCACGACUACGAAAACCCCUCCCUCAUGCUCUCCCUCCACCCCCCCAAACCAAACUACAAACAAUGGAUGGCCCAAUCCGGCUCCCUGGUCGCCGACCUCCUAACCUGCUCAGGCGCAGACCGCAUCUUAACCUGCGACCUCCACGAGCAAACCUACCAAGGCUUCUUCGACAUCCCCGUCGACAACCUCCACGCCCGCCCCUUUUUGUGCAAAUACAUCUCCCAACACAUCCUCCCCACCACCAAUUCCGUAACAAUCAUCUCCCCCGACGCAGGCGGGGCAAAGCGUGCCACCGCCAUCGCAGACGUGUUGAACCUCCCAUUCGCCCUGAUCCACAAAGAGAGGCGACACCCCAAGUUCAUUCCCGGGAAGAAUAGCGCCAAAGCGACGAUGAUGCUUGUGGGGGAGGUAAAAGGACGGACGUGCUUGUUGAUUGAUGAUUUGGUUGACACGGGGAAUACCAUCACCAGAGCGGCCAAGCUGUUGAAACGGGAGGGGGCCGAGAGGGUGGUGGCUGUGGUUACGCAUGGGGUUUUCUCGGGGGAUGCGCUGGAGCGGAUCGAGAGUAGCGCCCUCGACAAGGUGGUGGUGACCAACACGGUUGACCAGACGGCGCAUUUGAGGAGGUGUGGCAAGGUUGAGGUGCUGGAUGUGAGCAGCGUGUUUGGGGAGGCGGUUAGGAGGGUGCACUUUGGGGAGAGCCUUGCUGGGUUGUUUGAGGGGGAAGGGAUGUUGUAG